AUGUCCGUCCACAUCCCCCCCCGCCCACCAGUCCUAGACAGCGUUCGCCUCCACGGAAUCUCCCUCCCUCUCCCCUCAGCCCCAGAUCCCUGGCACCGUGACGGCAAGCCACAGCCCUGCACCGCAACCCUAAAGCUUUCCUACUCCUCCGCCGUCGCCGCCGCCUCUUCAGACGACGUCUCCCUAUCCCUAGACUACGGGAAGCUGUUCCGACGACUGGACACCGAUGUGCGCAGCAUAGGCAGCGGCCACGGCGUUGCCUCGACUGACCUGGUCAGUGUUGAGGGCACGCAGCGUCCCGAGAUGCGUUCCACCGCCGUCGGGCAGGAUCCCCGGGUUACGGCGGGGAUUGUAGCGAAUUGUGGACUUGGGUUGUUGGAUGAGACUGCGGCUGCGGUGAGACGAAUGGCGCAUGUUCAUACUAGUCCCCGGGGGAGUUUCUCGGGUCCUGCGCAAGUACCACCACCCACGGCUGCUCCGCGGUCAUACCCCAUUUCUGGAGACUACGGCCAAUGCGAGGUGUCGCUGCAUCUCCCGAAAGCCCUCCUCCGCGCCGAGGAGGGACUCAAGUACCGCAGCCUGACGGUGUGGGGGUACAAGCAAGGUCUCGCGAGUGAAGAAGGUCGCUGCCCCGUCGUGCUGGAGGAGGAGUUCCGCAUUGAAGGCAUCCGGUGCCAUUGUAUCCUGGGAGUCAACUCGCACGAGCGCGUCGAGAAGCAGACUGUCAUUGUAGCGCUGGAGUUCUCGGGCCCCGGACAGCUGGCUUGGGGGUCCGCGGUCGUUGACUCGUAUCAGGCGAUGACGAGGGCUGUUGCUGAGAACGUCGAGGAGACCUCGUUUCAGACCGUCGAGGCGCUGGCGACGUUCGUGGCGCGCAUUGCGACGGUGGAGUUUGGUAAUGAGAGAGUUACGGUGAGGGUAGAGAAGCCUAGUGCGUUGGCGUUUGUUCAGCGGUCUGGCGUGGAGAUUACGAGGACGAUGGAUUUUUUCCGAUCUUGA